AGUGCCUCGGUGUCCCUCACGGCCCUGGGCGCUCAGGGUCCGGCUCCAGGGGGUUAGUGGGAGGGAUCCCGAGUGCCCCCACCCACGAUUCCCACUUCCAAAACAACCCGUUUCCCGGGUGACCUGGCGCCGCGUCCGCAGCCGAGCAGGCGUCUCUCCAAAGCCUCGAGGCUUGGGUCAAAGUCGGGUGGCCAGCCCGGCCUCGCGCCGCCCCGCGGGUAACCUUGAAGCCGUCGCUCGGUGUCCCUGGUUGGCGGGGUCGGCUCCGUGAGCUGCGCGGCUGGAGGCUUCGGAACCUGCCAGUGCGGACCUUGCACGCCUCGCGGACAAUCGACCCCGGCUCGCGGUGCCCGCAGAGCGUCGGAGUAGGGAAGGUCCCGCAAGUCCCUGCCGGCGUGGCCUGGUCCCAGCGGCGGGCUUUCCAGAGCCCUCCACAGCCCAGGCCUACGACCACCUGUUAGUGGCUCGGGACUGCAGUGCCGCGCUCGCAGUGCCCGCCUGUGCCCAGCCCCAGGCGGCCGCCUUCCCGGGCCCGCUGCAGGCAGGGUAGCUCGGAUCAGCUUCGAGGAGGGGACCGAUCGCUCUCCAAAGGCUCUGCGCCUGGUGGGGCCCGCUACGCGCAAGGCCCCAAGCAAGGGGUCGGGCAGGUCAGGGCGGCCCACCGCAAGUGUCCUGUAGAACAACCAGGACCCAGGGGGCACUCGCUGGACACCUCAUCCCAUCCCCAGACGAGGAUGCGGGGGCCCAGGACACUUGCCCCCAGCCCGCGACCGGGGAGGCAGCCGCGAUCCCCUCCUCGAGCCCCGGCUUAGCGCCCCCUGGCGGACUGGGGGCUUCGGGAGGCGAGUGCACCCUGACCCGCGCUCUCAGGCGGAGGGUGACCCCGCGGCCCGCGCGGCUGUCCCGGGCGUUCCUACAAGGGACAGCAACAGUCCGUCAGGACCCAGAGGCUCGGGCCAGGCGCUGCCUCCCCGCGCCACGAGCUGGGGCGGCGAAGGCAGAGGCCUGGGACAGCCGAGGCUGCUCCGAAAGAGGCGGGAGGGGCAGGAGGCCUGGGUCCCCGUCCUCUGUGCGACCUAGGCGGCGGCUCCUCUCCGUGUGAGACUAGGCUGGAUAUGGAUCCCCUGCUGCGGUGUGCAGGACCAGCGGCGGCCGAGCAGGCGGACUUCGGCGCGGCUCCUCCUGGGUGUGACCCCGGGCGCGCCCGCCGCGCGACGAUGAGGGCGCGGCCGCAGGUCUGCGAGGCGCUGCUCUUCGCCCUGGCGCUCCAGACCGGCGUGUGCUAUGGCAUCAAGUGGCUGGCGCUGUCCAAGACACCAGCGGCCCUGGCGCUGAACCAGACACAACACUGCAAGCAGCUGGAGGGCCUGGUGUCUGCGCAGGUGCAGCUGUGCCGCAGCAACCUGGAGCUCAUGCACACGGUGGUGCACGCCGCCCGCGAGGUCAUGAAGGCCUGCCGCCAGGCCUUCGCGGACAUGCGCUGGAACUGCUCCUCCAUCGAGCUCGCCCCCAACUAUUUGCUUGACCUGGAGAGAGGGACCCGGGAGUCGGCCUUCGUGUAUGCGCUGUCGGCCGCUGCCAUCAGCCACACCAUCGCCCGGGCCUGCACCUCCGGCGACCUGCCCGGCUGCUCCUGCGGCCCUGUCCCAGGUGAGCCACCCGGGCCCGGGGACCGCUGGGGAGGAUGUGCAGACAACCUCAGCUACGGGCUCCUCAUGGGGGCCAAGUUUUCCGAUGCUCCUAUGAAGGUGAAAAAAACAGGAUCCCAAGCGAAUAAACUGAUGCGUCUACACAACAGUGAAGUGGGGAGACAGGCUCUGCGCGCCUCUCUGGAAAUGAAGUGUAAAUGCCAUGGGGUGUCUGGCUCCUGCUCCAUCCGCACCUGCUGGAAGGGGCUGCAGGAGCUGCAGGAUGUGGCUGCCGAUCUCAAGACCCGAUACUUGUCAGCCACCAAGGUAGUGCACCGUCCCAUGGGCACCCGCAAGCACCUGGUGCCCAAGGACCUGGAUAUCCGGCCCGUGAAGGACUCGGAACUCGUCUAUCUGCAGAGCUCACCUGACUUCUGCAUGAAGAAUGAGAAGGUGGGAUCCCACGGGACACAAGACAGGCAGUGCAACAAGACAUCCAACGGCAGUGACAGCUGCGACCUUAUGUGCUGCGGGCGUGGCUACAACCCCUACACGGACCUCGUGGUCGAGCGGUGCCACUGUAAGUACCACUGGUGCUGCUAUGUCACCUGCCGCAGGUGUGAACGCACCGUGGAACGCUAUGUAUGCAAGUGAGGCCCUGCCCUCCGCCCCACGCAGGAGUGAGGACUCUGCUCAAGGACCCACAGCAGCUGGGGCCAGGGGCCUGGAGACGCCCCACGGAUCUCUGCUUGUGAAUUCCAGAUGCCAGGCAUGGGAGGUGGCUUGUGCUUCGCCUUCACUUGGAAGCCACCAGGAUCAGAAGGCCUGGCCACCCUGGAAGGAGGGCCGGGACAUCAAAGGAAACCAACAAGAUUAAAAAUAACUUGUCCGCCUGAGGCCCUGGAGUGCCCACAGGCUGGUCUAAGGAGCAGGGCAUGGGAUUUUGUGAGACUGACAUGGACUUGACCUUUCAGGGCCACAGAGACCAGCCUCUGGGAAGGGGUCUGCCCGCCUUCUUCAGAAUGUUCUGUGGGACCCCCGGCCCACCCUGGAGUCUGAUCCUGUUGGGCCUGCCACAUGGAACCACUAGCUUGGGUUGUAAAUGUUUUCUUUGGUUUUUUGAUUUUUCUUCCUUUGGGAUAUGGAAGCUACAGAAAUAUUUAUAAAACAUAGCUUUUUCUUCGGGGUGGCUCUUCUCGAUUCCUCUUUAUAUAUUAUAUAUAUAUAUAUAUAUAUAUAUAUAUAUAUAUAUAUAUGAUGAUCUCUAUUUUAAAACAAGCUUUCUAAGCAGCUGUAUGAAAUAAAUGCUGAGUGAGCCCCAGCCCGCCCCUGCA